AUGGGCCCUGCCCAAGCAGGACCGUUAGCUGGAUCGGAAGAUGCUGUGACGAUCGCCUACCAACGACGCAAGCUGUAUACCAAAUUGGCAAGCGACCCCGUCGCGAAAACCCUGGAGAUCAAGUUGCUUGGACAGCUAGGGGGACCGGUGUCACCCCUACCGCGCCUCCGGACGGUCAUCGAGGUGGCCACUUCGCUGAGAACUCUCGUCUGCGAGGCAAACAUGGCUGCCGGAAUGUUCGAGCCAAACACUUUGUUCGACCUAGGUUUUAACAGCAUCAAGAGCAUGUUAUAG